AUGAUGGCCCCUGCGCAUUUCCCCAGCGAAGCCGCGAGCUUUCCGAAUCCGGAAGCAGAGCCGUUUCGUUAUAAGGCUUCUUACCCUCCUCCACCCGUCCCAAAACCUCUCUCCUCUUCAUCGUUUUCCUCUUCAGCACCUCUCAUCAGUUCUCCAACUUCUUACACUGCGGCGUUCCCAACACCCGUAGAAGCGUACCAGAGAGUGUCUAAGUCUUCUUGCCCUUCUCCUCCGAUUUUACCAUCACAGCGCCACAGUCCAGUUUCAUCGUUUUUCUGUGGCAAGCCAUCUCCACGAGCGGUUUCGAGUUUCGGGUUGGCGGGUAAAAGUCAGUCCUCCCGAUUCGCCAUCAAUAGCCAUGGUUCUCAGGCGCGGCACCAUGCAUCGCCAACGAUAUGCCCACUUACCAAAGCUUCGAGGGAGGGUAAUUGUGGUAACACCAGUGUAGGUACUCUUUCCCUACACCCUCAUCAGCAGAAGAAACCAAAUCCUUUAUCCCCUUCAUCUUUAGUCAUUCAGAAUAAGCCAUUCGGCCUCUUUGGCCCCAUUCCGAAGGCUAUAUUGAAAGAGGGUCAUAAGCAGCGGAUCGCUGGAGUAGAUGUACUGCGUCUACAAGAUGGCACAAUUCUUCCACGGAUAGACGGAAGUAGCCUCCAACAGCUUUUGCACACCAACCCUGGUGCUUUUCCUCAGCUUGAAAAAACACUUACAGCGUACUUCAUCGAAAAAAUGCGACACCAGCCGCAGAGUGAGGACUGCAACGGCCCAGAAACGCCUUUCUUCAGUGAGGGGCGGUACGCGCUUGCUGAGCGUCUUCGUCAGGAGGUUCCGAUGUUCAAGAACAUGAAACUCGCUCACCUCAUCCGAAUGGUUCAGCUGGCUUCAUGGAAGAAAUUGCUGACGUACCGGGAUAAAGCGCUCGUGCCUGUCGCUGCGUGUCCAGUAGCAGCUAGAGAGUUUAUUCAACGAAAUUGCCUGACAGCCCCAGGAUCUCAGGAAUCGGCAACUGCCUUAGCCACUGUGGCUCAGCUCCUUCGUGCUCUUGGGCGCAUUGUUGACCCGGCGCCCACCGGGAUUUUCCUCGCCCAAGUCAAGGAUUUAGUUCGCUGGACCACGUAUGAAAGGUUGGACUGUAUGGUCCUGGGACAUACGAAGUUACAAGAUCUUCUCCUCUCUGAACCGUUCAUUCGAUAUUACCGCCUGUAUACACCGGAGGGUAACGAACACUGCACUUACAUCCAAAGCAAACGCUACCCGCUUCCGCGGGGGGCCGUGUUGCAUACCAGGUCUUCGAUGAUUUGGGAUCGGGAAGCAUGCCCAAUGGAGCCACCUCUUCCUCAAUGCUUUUCGAGCCAGUUUCCUGGACCAUGGGAUGGCAUGCCGUCUCUUCUCUUUCCGCCUCUGUGUCAUCAACGGAAUGACACCAGUGUCACUUCGCAGAACGCGAAGGCUGCAGACGUCGAGAUGGCAAACGAGGCAUGGGCACAACGUUGCGAAACCGUUCACGAGAACAGUCGGCCACCAAAUGCCGGCGACUGUGAAAUGCCAUGCUGCACGAAGGAGAAAGAAAAGAAUUUUGAUUCUGCUACUUCAGCUCUGGAUGGAAAAACAGUGGGAGGGCAAGAAUCUACUGCACCUCCUGCCGCAGUACUGCACGCAGCCUCCUCUGCAUGUGACUCUCACCUUCUGCGUGUACCGGACAUUAAGAACAAAGAUGGCGAACGUGAAAUUCCCAAGAAAAGAGAAUCGAUAGAGAUGUUGUCAUCGGAACCUCAUCUAGGUGAAACUGACAAGGAGGAAAGCGAAAGUGCGUUUCAGUGGAUCGAAGAGGAUAUCGUACGCUUAGUGGAGGAAGAUUGCUCUCAACUGGAAGAGUGCAACAAAAGCACUUCUCGGGGGACUUCACCCUGGAGUGACAACAGCAUCCACCAGAACAACAGUUCCUUCUUCUGCACAGACACUAAUAAAGAAAUCGAACCACAGAUAGACAACGUCGGCAACUUGUCAACUGCAAUGUCCGCAGAUGCAGUGUCUCUCGCUUCUACUCUUUUUGAGGACUUUCCGAAAAACUGUUUUUUCCAGGGCCCUUUUUCUCCCCUCAUUGACGACAUGCAAUUUCUUGGAGAAGUCAAUGAGAAUGGAACAAUGUUCCUGGAUACUCCAGAGAUUUGGUAUCCGGAUUUGUCCUUGUAUGAGACCUCCACUGAGAGGGACUACUCCGAAUCAGUUGGCGAAAGAAACAGUACCUCUAUUUGGCGCCCCCCCCUGCAGUCGUUCAUCUCAUCGUCUCCCGACACAAUUGAAGAAGACAAAAGUUCAUUGGACAACGCACCCGAAAAGCGGAGUUGUUUUAUUUUUAACGUACCUCCGGUAGACUCUGGCACUUCGGUCAAAGUCGAACAGGAAAAAAACAGUAUCUUUUCCGUGCUCUUCAAAGGUGAAAAAGAUGACGGAAACGGUUCGCGUACAAGCGGUACUGGAGAGGAUGGUCUCUUCGCUUCAGGUUUCUAUUCUGGAAGGAAAACAGAAAACGCAUGUUCGCCCAUAUUUGUGGAAAAGAGGGAACGAGCGGUUGCCCUGUCGUCUCUCAUGCCCUCUUUUUUCUUUGGGUUUUCAUGUAGAAACUUCUCGUCAGAAGAUGAGGAUAUCGCUCCGAAGACACCGUCUACGUCAUGCGAGGGCCAGUACUCCAUUCCUAGUCCCCCGAGUUUGAAGGAAGUGACAGGCGAAGAAAGUGAAAGUACAGGAAAAAAGUCACCUGAAGAAAAGAAUAAAGACGCCAAACGUUUCUCUGGGAAUCGCAUCCGUUUAGUUGACGAAAAAGAGGGCUAG